UCACCGCCCUCCCUUUGUAGUUGACAGAGAGGGGCGGGAACGCAAACACUUGGGCGGGUAUAAAGGAGGCGGCAGGAGCUCAUGACCGCUCAGAAAACAGCGAGCCAGCAGCUCAGCCUCCAAGAGCUCCAACAGCCAGGAAAUUACCGAGCAUCUCCGAGGAGUAUCUGCUUCAGCUUCUACCAACAGCACCAUGUGGCUCGCGGUGUUGACUGCUGCCUGCGUCACUCUGCUCAGCUACGCGGAGCUCACGACGGCGGCCGGCGGUUUAUUUAACUCCAACGCCAUCAAGGUGGGUCCAGCCGUGGCCAGCUCGGGUCCGGCGGUCAGCGAGAGUCCACAGGUGUUUCCCGUGGAUGAGGGCAGUCAGAACUUCGCCACCGAUACGAUGCAGCCUCUCGUUUGCGUGGUCGACGAGCAGUGCGCUGAAGAUGAGUUCUGUUUCCGGUCUCGCGGCGCGUGCCUCCAGUGUAAGAAGCGGAGAAAGCGCUGCAUCCGGGACGCUAUGUGUUGCCCUGGCAACCACUGUAACAACGGAGUGUGUCAACCAAAUGACCCUGACAUUGCUCUACAAGCUGGAGUAGAAGAGCUUGUGCUUGUCAGCACCCCACAUGAGGACAACGCCACAGUGGUACUGCAGUCCAAGCCAGCAACUCAAGGUCUGCCUCAAAACCUGAAAGGUCUUGAGGGCGAGACCUGCCUGAGAUCUUCUGACUGUGCAGAGGGGCUGUGCUGUGCCCGUCAUUUUUGGUCUAAGAUCUGCAAGCCUGUCCUAAAAGAGGGCCAGGUUUGCACCAAGCACAAGCGAAAAGGCACCCAUGGACUGGAGAUCUUCCAGCGCUGCGACUGUGAGGAAGGUCUGUCUUGCAGGACGCAAAGAGGAGACCACAGCAAGUCCUCUCGAAGCCUCCAUACUUGCCAGAGACACUGAAAUGCAAUUUGCUGAUAUCAAGGAUUUUUUUUCCUGAAAGCUCCUGGAUAGUCGGACCAGUCUGAAAGAAAAAAAGAAAAGCUAAGUCAACGGAAGAUGGAUUUUGAUUGGGAUACUCUGUUUUUCUUUAUCUUGUUUUUAUUUCUUUCUAUCUACAAUUUGUGUGUCAGCAU